UAGCUACUACGAGAAUCACAAAGGCUCGAUCAUCAAUGGCGCACAUGGCCAUCUCAUUCUUGAAGAUCAUCCUCAUAGCGAGCACGGCCGCGGCGCUCGCCGCCGGUGGAGCAGCAGCUUCUCCUCCGGCUCCGGCGCCGAUGGGGAUGCCGGGAUGCCACACCAUAUGUGGCAACAUCAGCGUGCCGUACCCGUUCGGCAUGGGACCGGCCAGGUGCUACUGGCCGGGGUUCAAUCUUACCUGCGACAAUACUACCACCCCGCCGCGGCUCCUACUCGGCGGCGAAGGAGGCAUCCUCCAAGUGCAGUAUUUCAGCCUCUUCGAGUCGUCGGUGCUCGUCAAACGCACCCCCGGCGACGUAAAGAUCGACCGUGACGGCAACGGCUCAAUAUUCUCCGGAGGGCCUGACCACGGGACCUACAAGAUCAUGAUCUCAGACGACUGGUCAGGCGGCGGGAACGAACUCGUCGUGUUGGGAUGCAACGUGCGAGCGACGCUGAAACACGGCAACGCCACUGUCAGCGCCUGCUCCACCCUGUGCGGCGACGACCAACCCCCUGAGCCCAUGUGGUCCGUACCGUCCAGGCUCGAGAGCAGCAUGGUUUGCACCGGGCUCGGCUGCUGCCAGGCGGCCAUCGUCGCCGCGGCAGCGGCUAUCGGCGAGGUCCGGGUGCAGCUAGAGUGGUUCGGCCGGAAUCGCAGCGCCGACGAGGAACGGAUGCCCACGCGCAUGUUCGUCGCCAAGGAGGGGUGGUUCGAGAAGAAACACGUUUCCGAACCACUGCUGCUUCAGAAACCGUCGGCUAUGGGAGCAAUGGGUAUCCCCGUGGACUACGGCGUUCCCGUGUGGCUCAGCUGGGAGGUCGACACCAACAUUUCUUCUUCCCAUGGGCAUGGCCACGUCGUAUGCGACCAGGGUACACGAGGAGGAUAUGCAUGCCGCUGCGACAUUUACUACGAAGGCAACCCCUAUAUCCCCGACGGAUGCCAAGAUAUCGACGAGUGUGAGUUUCAUCCGUGCCUUGAUGACGGUGUAUGUACCAAUAAAGACGGAGGGUUUGACUGCGGUUGCCCACCAGGAACCCAUGGCAACAAUUCCGUACCCGGUGGCUGCACCCCUUUUGUCUCCAUCACACAAGCGGAAGGUGAUAUGUGCGGAAGGAAAUGUGGAGAUGUCGAUGUACUAUACCCGUUUGGCAUCGGUCCGUCCCACUGCUACCGGCCAGGCUUCAACCUCACCUGUGACUACCCAAGCGGCAAGCUCCCUCGGUUAUUACUCGAUAGAUUCGGAAUCUUCCAAGUUCAAGAGAUCUCCCUUCCAGACACCACUCUGCGUGUUACUAGCUCAUUCGCCGUCAUCGAAGCUAACUCCAAAAAUGACUUUGGUUUUGAUUUCAACAACUAUUUCACAAGCCGAGGGGAUGUGCUCUACUCGUUGUCCACCCGUAAUGAGCUCAUCCUUUCAGGGUGUAAUGUUCAGGCGACACUACAUGGGCUUGACAAUGAUGCGUCCAUCAUCAGCGGCUGCACCAGCUUCUGCUCCGAGAGCGAUGUCAGUGCCGGAAGGGUGCCAAUUGCGAGAAACAAGAAUUGCUACGGCAUGGGUUGUUGCCAGGCACGCAUUUCUGAGCCCUUGGAUGGCGGCAUGCCUGGCAUGUUGAGCCUCAAGUUUGCCGACAUGAACAAUUUCCCGGAUAACAUGUCACGACCCCCGUAUGCUCUGAUAGCGGAGGAGGGGUGGUUCGACAAUCGUCUUGUCUCUGACCAACAGACGCGUGCGCUUCAAAACAAGUUGAGAUUUGCGCCAAAGGUUCGUAUUGUUGUAGAUUGGAAAGUGCUGCCAUCUGAAUCAGUAGGCUUACACGACUUACGUGAUCAUGCGAAGUCUUCAUCGGGUCUAAAUUGUACCAUGGACGUAGCUGCUAACAUCUGCAAGAGCAAGCAUAGCAGGUGCAUACCAGCUGGGACGAACACAGGCUAUUCUUGCCAGUGUUGGGAGGGCUACCAAGGCAACCCCUACGAGCCUCAUGGAUGCAAAGGUGACCACAUCUCAUCUAAAGGUAUAUUUGCCGCCAUUAUAGGAGUUUCAUGCGGGACAGGUCUAGUUAUUUUGAUUCUAUCAUCAUACAUUGUUUCAAAGAAAGUGAAGCAUCGGAGAGCACAAGUGUUAAAACAUAAGUUUUUCAAGCAGAAUCAUGGUCAAUUGUUGCAACAACUGGUAGCUCAGAGUGUCGGUAUUGCAGAAAGUAUGAUCAUAACGUUGGAAGAGCUAGAGAAGGCAACACACAAUUUCGACAAUGAUCUUGUGAUUGGUGGUGGAGGGCAUGGUACUGUUUACAAAGGAAUUUUAUCAAAUCAACGUAUUGUAGCCAUCAAGAAACCAAAGAAGGUGGUUCAGAAGGAGAUUGAUGAGUUUAUAAAUGAGGUUGUGAUCUUAUCACAGAUCAACCAUAGGAAUGUGGUAAAACUCUUUGGUUGUUGCCUUGAAACUGAAGUCCCAAUGUUGGUCUAUGAUUUCAUAUCCAAUGGAACACUUUAUGAGCAUCUUCAUGUCGAAGGACCAAGAUCAUUAUCGUGGGGUGACAGACUUCGUAUAGCCAUUGAAACAUCAAAAUCUUUGGCAUAUCUUCACUCAGCCGCUGCAAUACCUAUCAUCCAUAGAGAUGUCAAGUCUGCUAACAUACUUUUGGAUGAUACUCUAACAGCAAAAGUAGCAGACUUUGGAGCAUCAAGGUACAUUCCCAUGGAGAAAUCUGGUUUAGAAACAAGGGCUCAAGGUACAAGAGGAUACUGGGACCCGAUGUACUUUUACACUGGGCGCCUCACGGAGAAAAGUGAUGUUUACAGUUUUGGAGUUGUCCUUGUGGAACUGCUAACCAGGCAGAAACCGUCUUCAUAUUUGUCCUCAAAUGACGAGAGUCUUGUUGUACAUUUUGUUACUUUGUUUGCGGAAGGGAAUUUGCCCCAUAUAUUAGACCCACAAGUCAUCGAGGAAGGAGGCAAAGAAGUCGAAGAAGUGGCUGCUAUUGCCAUAGCAUGUGUAAAAUUAAGUGGAGAGGAUCGUCCAACCAUGAGGCAAGUGGAGUUGACACUAGAAGGCGUCCGUACAUCUGAGGGGCAUGUUUUACAUAAUGCGGUGGCUAAGGAAGCUCACAGUAAUGAUAUUGAAGUAGGUGUUCAAUCUAAUAAAUCAGUUAGAAAAGAUAAUGAGGGGUCGACAAGACAGUAUAGUAUGGAAGAAGAGUUCAUACUAUCUGCAAGUUGUCCUCGGUAGUUGUAGUGAAACUGUGCUCAAGCAAAAGAUUUCAUGUGCACGCUGUACAGCUUUGUUUGGGUGGGGCAUAUACCGAUAAUUCAUCCUGGAGCCCGGGCUCCAGGAUGAAUUAUCGGUAUAUCCACUACUAGUCUUAGUAAAUUUGUGCUCAAAUCAAAGACUCAUGUGGACAGUUGGCAGCUUUAGUUUCUUGUAUAUCCA